AUGACAGUAGACUCUUUUAUUUUGGCUCUACGACGUUUCUUUAGCAGGAGAGCAAUACCAAAAAUCAUUAUGUCGGACAAUGCCCUGACGUACAUCUCCACUGCCAAACUACUGAAGACAGAGAUCCUUGGGACAUACGGUAUUACAUGGAAGUUUAUCCCACACAAUGCCCCAUGGUACGGAGGCUGGUGGGAGAGGCUCAUUGGCGUUACUAAGACAUCCAUUAAGAAAGUACUCGGGAAAUCACUGGUGAGUUUGGAAGUUCUGCAAACUAUUGUUACAGAAGUAGAAUGUAUCGUCAAUGACCGCCCACUCACGCACAUUUCUACAGACCCCACUGAUGAGGAACCUCUUACCCCUUCCCAUCUGCUGUAUGGGCGCAGAAUUACCUCCCCUGUUUACCCAGACGAUCAAGAAGCCACAGCAGACGACAUUUCCACAAUUCUGCAGACAAACUUUACAGGUUUAAGUCUGCAACGAUUGAACACUUUGGGUCGAGAUGGAAGCAUGAAUAUCUCACAUCUUUGCGACAGUUUCAUAAGAUGUCUGGCAAUCAUGGCGAUACUGUUACGGUUGGAGACGUAG